ACUACAUUUCAUCUAUCAAAUGUCUCUUCUAAUCACGUCAAAACCAAACAUUUUGUGUUGUUGAAAAAAAAAAACAUUCAAAAUUUUCUGUUAGAAUAUAUGGAAUAGAAAGAUGUCGGACUUAUAUGAAAAAGUAAUUUGCCACCCAAUUUUUCCUACAGUCGUUGCGGCAUUAUCAUAUACAGUAUUGGCUAUCACAAGUGCUGCUGCUUUGUAUCUAUACUUUACUGAAAUCGCUGCAAAUGAUUUUUGGCAUUGGCAACUGGUUUCCUACAUAAUUAUGCUAGCCAAUGGCAUAACGGGGUUCAGCGAGUUCUUCGAUGAAGAAUCAUUCCUUCCUUUGCGAGACCUGCUCGACUAUUGCCAACUUGCACUGGUAUUGCCAUGUUAUGCUGCUCAAAUGUGGAUUAAAACUGAUAUGGGUCCACCCGAAAUAUCGGCCGUACAUGCAGGAUUGGGAAUAAUUGCCACUAUUAUAUAUGUAACAACAGAAUUGAGGCGGCAAGAUUUAUGCGACCUUGCCGUAUUUGCCAACGCUGUUAGCUUAUUUGUCGUAGGUGCUCUAACCAUGAACCUUUUCACUAUUAUAGCCACGAGUGUGUUAGUAGCCGGUUACUACGUCUAUAAACGGCCAGACGAUCAAUGCUGUAUGGCACCCCAAGAUAAAUUCAAUUUUGUGAUGGCCGUCUUUGCCAUCCUGUCUCUUGCCUCAUUUGAUGACAACGUUACACGAAACGUUCAGGAUACAUUACAAAGUAUUGUUGGAGCAGCAGCCAACUAAAAUAACUUUACUAUGAAAAAUGAGGAUCCCGUCAACUAUGAAGUCCAGGUUUAAGGGUUGCUAGAGUACCAAUUUGUUAAUCUAAAAAUAAAUCAACUAAAAGUAUUACGUA